GCCUAAAGACGCACCGUCGGCAACCAUUUUUUGACUUCGACAAGACAUUUUCCGACGCUUAGGCAUACUUUUGGACUAUAAUAUACUCUGUCGUAGACGAUCGCCACGAUGAGCACCAAUGGCGAUACACCUUCAAAGAAAACUUCUUCGAGGAUGCCGAUGCCCUCGUUGAACCAGCUGGCGGCGAGAAUGACUAAAGACGGGUCAACCACCAAUGGCACCUCUAAUACCAACAGCAACAACAAUACGAGCAAUGCAGCAACGACGAACUUAACAGCAGCUCCCCGUCCCCGACUUGCGGCUUCAAUCCUACGUACCACUUCCAACGCCUCGAUGAAUUCUACAGCGAGCUCGAAUGAUUCUGUGGCAGUCAAUCCCGCGAACAGUACUCGCGCUGGAUCGCCAAGUCCGAGCUCUGUUUCGACCCCGCGAAGCCAAAACACAACGCCUGGACCUGAAGGCGGAGAAUCGUUGACUGUCGAUAAGCUUGAUAAGCUGAACGCGAUCACUAGUGCUGGAUCUGGCGCUGGUACUGCAUCUACUCUUACUAGUGCAGAUCUUACUAGUGCUCCCGCCUACAGUGUAAUGUCCAGCGCGGCUUUUACCAGCGCUAGCACCGAAGGCUCAGUACUCGCUUCCAGUGAUCCAGAUAGUCCAGCACCACCCUUAGGUCAUCGGGACUCCAAGAAAGACAAAGGCAAACCACCCGUGAAGGGCUAUAAAAAUAUUCCUUCACUGGAUGCCAUUACUGCGAGGCUGGCGAAAACCCGGGCACUGAGUAUCGAUGGAACGCCGAAGCCGCCUGAACCGGAAAUGAUAGAAGAUCCGAAGACUCCUGGGGUACACGUUAUGAAGGAGGAGCAUCCCUUGCAGUAUUCUUGUACUAACGAUAACAAUUCCCAUAGGACUCUGUACCACGAUUCGAAAGCAAAAUUCCCUUACACUCCUGCACCUACUUCUGCUAACCCCACUGGCGCUGCACCUCCGCUCGUUCCUCGGGAUCGCGACCAUUCAGCCACAUCAGCGGUAGCGUCAACAAACAACUCUCCUACUGCUGCCUCUAUCCCUACGUCCUCGAUGUCGACCAACACAUCGGCCAACCCUACCGACCCUUCCCAACCUCAAUCCCAAAAUCCAUUCUCCCACGCUCCGGGCGACUACGAAGCCAACCUUACCGUCAUCGGCUCCUUCACCACUGUGGAGCAAUUCUGCCGCUACUUUAAUUGGCUCAAACCCCCUUCGCUCCUCGAACGAAACUCCAACUAUCAUCUUUUCAAGUCGCCCAUCAAACCCAUGUGGGAGGACCCUGCUAAUGCUUCUGGCGGAAAGUGGGUGCUGACCAUGCGGAAUAAUCCGGAGCUUCUCGAUAGAUGCUGGGGAUGGCUCUGCAUGGCCCUAGUAGGCGAGGAACUCGAAGAGGGCGGAGAUGAAAUCUGCGGUGCAGUCGUUUCGCUCCGCGCGAAAGUGGAUCGCAUCCAGGUCUGGACGAGGAGAAAGGAUGAUGUUGAGAAACUCAACGCGAUAGGGAAGAAACUUGUCAAGUUGCUUGACGUAGGGGAACAAGACGGGAUUGGGCUUGAGUUUCAGUCUAACACGGAAGAUAGAGGGGAUCGGGAGAAGGGUGUGCCGAGUAAAUUUUUGAGUAUCCAGGCGGUGCCCAAUACAUCGUUUCGGAGCACGUUCCAGGGAUCGCCUGUGUCUGCUGCUGGCGCACCCGGUCAGCAUCCUGGGGCAGGGGGACCCGGUGGAGGACACAGUCAUAGUCGGUCAAUUGGCGGUAUUGGAAUAGCAGGCACUGGGGGCUUUACCCCUGUGGAUCAGACUGCCCCACCUUCGAGCGCUGGUACGGCGCCAUCUGGUGUGAAUCUUGGUAAUGGUGCUGGUGCUUUUGGAAGCUUCGGUGUGCCGCUUGGUUCAGCUGGGUGGAGGAGGCGCGGUUAGUAUAAGAAGGAUACUGAGACAUACAAGGUGUAGAUGUAAAAUAAUUGAAUUACCACCAAGUGUUCUUCUAGUGUACAUCAUAACUGAUCAUGCAAUUCCAACCGACCUCUAUGUAUUCAGACUAGCGAAUACUUCGUGUACCACUAGCUAUUUAUUCGAAGUUCUACUUCCCCUUCCUAGAUCAUACUUCAGAGCGCAUAUCUAUUUUUCCAGCCAAGUUCAAAAUAAAACUUUAUGUUCAUCAGACUGCUUGUCUCUUCCUCCUUGCAAUCCCAACUAAGCAACCUCUAUCUGUCUGUGAACUACAACGUAGUUAAAUAACGAACGAAGGAAUGCACUCACGAUACGUUCUGCAUCCAUGAUAGUUUGUAGUCGAUCAUGAUGAGCGAUGGUUAUUAGAGUGACAUCCCCGUGUAGUUGAUUGUGCAACGAAGAUUGUAUGAUG